AUAUGCUAUAGUGUAUUCAUUAAACAAGUGUUGUUGGUGACACACUUUCUUAACUGCAGAAGGAACGUCCUUAUCCGGAUUCCGAUGAUCCGAAGAAUCCGUUAUUCCGAACAGUCUGCUGGAUAACUUUCAUUUCGAUCAAGGUUUUCAUUACAGAACUUUACAGAUACGUAUACAGUAUCGGGUUAAUCAUUGAUGUCUAUUGUUCAUUUUUUGAAAUGUGAUAAUUUUUCAAGGAUUGAAUCAUGGAAACUGAAAUAUUCAUAAUUAACUAAAAUGGAUAAACUUGCCGAAUACCGGUCCAGCGAGGAAGACUCGUCUGAGGGACUGUAUGAAUCGGAUGAUAACGAUUACGCCAUCCCUUCCGUGCAGACGAAAAAUAAACAUCGUACAUGUGGCUCAAUGUAUCUUCCUUCCGCGAAAUCGCAUUCGUCAAAUUCGAAAAACAAUGUCCGGACAGAGAAUCUGGAUGCUGAAAGUACUUCAGAUACACUUCCGGAAGAAGGUGAGAUAGUGAGCAAACCUAUUUCCGCUGUCAAAGCCCCGGCUGUGAGGAAGGGAAAGUUAAAACGACGAGGUCUGGCUAUAGUCGCAUUCUCAGCCUACAUGCGCACGUGCGUAGAUCCUCUGGUCGAUGACGUUAUUCCGUUUGAAAAGAUUACAAUGAACUAUGGAAGAGGUUACAAACGACAUUUGAGUACAUUCGUAUGCCCUCGGUCGGGUACGUACAUGAUUACGUGGCGAGUUGUGUUGAUUGAAGUAAGGGAGACUACUCUCAACCUCAUGGUGAACGGGACAGUCAGGAAGCGAACCACGUUUGAUUGUACCGACAGUUCAGAUAACAACAAAUGUGAACGGGAAGAAAUUAUAAAGUUGUUCAUGAGGGAUCGGGUCUGUAUAACAUUGUAUGAUGGUGAUAGCAAACUUCUUCGUCCAACUAAAUGUAAGUUUGCUGGAAUAAGACUUAUGAGGUAAAAAUGUGCUGUUCCCUAUUUCCAACCCUUACGACGUCAUGAUUUCUCAGCGAUAACCUGGUGCAUGAAGUACAGUAAAAAUUCCGGAAUCACCACUAGUGAAAUCAGAUAUCUUGGGAUGUGCACAAAAUAAAUAUGUAUUCAUUAAUAAACAUACCAACAGGUCCAGUGCAUU